AUGUCCUCAGUCUCCGUCACAGAAUCAGCAGAUUGCCUCCAAGUACAAAGUCAUCUCCAAUAUGAUACCCCAGAUCAUAUCACCCCAUCAAACGUCCACGCUUCUCCCCUAGAGCAAUUUCACAUCUGGUUCAACCAAGCCCGUGAAGCCAAUGUCUGCGAACCAGAUGCCAUGUCUCUCUCCACAGCAACAGCAUCCGGUAUACCUUCUUCGCGCAUGGUGCUCUUCAAGCAGCUAGACAAGCGGGGCUUUGUUUUCUAUACUAAUUAUACUUCUCGCAAGUCUCGAGAACUGGAAGAGAACCCUCGAGCUGCCGUACUUUUUCACUGGCGUGAGAUGCACAGGCAGGUGAGGGUGCUGGGCAGGGUCGAAAAGUUGUCGAAAGUUGAGAGCGAAGAGUACUUUAAAUCCCGUCCUGUCGGCACCCGUUUGGGUGCGUGGGCAAGUCAUCAGAGCACUGUCAUCGGGGAAGAUGACCUGGCCAACCGAUUGGCGGAAGUUGAGGAACUAUUUGGAGUGCGGGCAUCCGACAAAGAAGGCGAUGUUCCGUUACCUGACUUUUGGGGUGGAUGGAGGGUAAUCCCAAGCGAAGUCGAAUUUUGGCUCGGAAAGCCAUCACGGCUUCAUGACCGUGUCCGAUAUCUUCGUGUGGAGGGUUCGCCCGACGAACAACCGCGGUGGACGAUAGAUAGAUUGUCCCCGUAA